AUGGGUAGGACAGUAGGCUUACCGUACCACCUCGGCUACCCUCUCCUCUCAUGCACCCUCCUCGCCGUAGCCGCUUUCGCCAGCGCCGAUUCCGUCUGGUACGUCUCUGUCGCUACCGAAGAUACCAUCGUGCGCUUCGCCUCUCAAAACUACUGCGGCUACAACGUCUCCAACCUCGAGAUCACCGGAAAACUCGGGUGUAUCUUUCGUGGGUUUCAGUGGCAGAUACCUACGGGUUAUUUCGGGUUCACUGUACCGAAUGAUAUCAAUAUGAAUUUGGGGAGGGUGGUGGUUUGUAAUGUCGUUGCCUUCUCCCUCGUCCUCAUCUCCGGCGCCCACCACGCCUACACAAUUCGCUACUCCUACCGCGCCUCCCCCGCCCCCAACGCAGACAAACUCUACUCCCUCGCCAUGCUUCACUUCAUCUCCGUCACCGUCUGCUUCGCCUUCACCUGGAUCGCCUUUAUCGCCCAAGCAGCCGUCAUCGGCCAUUCGGUGAGCCAGUCGAAUAGCUUGAUAGAUGAAGGGGGUGUAGCUGUUUAUUGGGGGCAGAGCGCGUUUUUGGUUUUGGCGGCUGCUGUGGUGCAUACGGGGUGGGGGUAUGAGGCUGUUAGGUGGAGGGUGAGUCUGUUGGGCUGA